GACGUAAUUAAUAGAGAUACGUACUUACGAAGAAAGACGUAGAGUAUAUAUAUAUAUAUAUAUAUAUAUGGAUGUAUUGCGCAAUUUUAUAUUCAAUCUAAGGAGAUAAAGUAGAUCAUUAAAAAUCAUUUUAUAUAAAUUGUAUAAAUUGAAAUCAAACGUUUAAGGGGUAUAAACGAUAAAGAACAAUUUAAAAAGAAAGAAAAAUAAACCAUACGUGAGAAUUAUUUCAACUAGUCGAACAUGUCUUUCUUUUUUCGAAAAAAUUAAAAAAAAUUGAAGAUCUUUAGUCUUAGCUGGGAAUAUUAUACGACUACAAAAUCGUGCGACAAAACGAAGAGGAUGUUUUACGGUCGAUAUUAUUUGCGAACGAUUAAUCUUUCAUAAGUCAUUAGUCUUGACCUAACGCAAUGACGAUACGUACACGGUGAUGGACACUAUCUAUGCACAUAUAAACAAUAAAAUAAAACGAUUUAUAUUAACGUAUUACGUUAUCAAAAAUCAACAAAGGGAACUACUAAGAGCAAAGUAUAGAAUUUAGUUUCUUCGCUUCAUGAGGAAAUAAGAUUGCGUUCAACAGGGAGCUUGGAUUUGGUGCACCUCAGUGGUGGCAGAUUUCUCUAAUACAGUAAAAGCGAUAACAAUCAGCAAACAAAUGUUAUGUCUGACAGGACUUUGGCCAUUGAAAAUACGUGACAGUUUAUUUAUAUCGUUUGUAAUUUAUGGCUAUACCCUCUUUUUAUUGGGAUUAUUAGAUCUGUAUAAUUACAUUAAUAAUUUUCGUUACGUUUUGGAUAACAUAAUGGAGAACAUUUUGAUAUUAAUUACGAUGACACAAGUUUCAAUGUUACGAAUAAAGUGUCGUAUGUUGUCACAAUUUCUUAUAGAAACCAAAGUGGAUUAUACAGCUGAUAAUUAUAAAAACGACGAUGAGAGAUUGAUUUUUUUUAAAUAUAACAAUCUUUCUUAUAGAUACGUCAUCGCUUUGUGUACUUUGUCGGUGUUCUUACUUCUUCUUUAUUAUUUUAAAUCUAUCAUACCGAAUAUAAUAUUGGUUAUGACAAAUUCUACAGCGGAAUAUAAAUUGCCAUAUAAAGUAAAGCCAUUGUUGAAGCCGUACGAUGCAAAAAGUUAUGCGUUUGGUUGUAUACACGAAUUUUUACGUGUAAUAUUGAUAUUAUCUGGUUACGUCGGAACUGAUUGUUUGUUGGUUUGUAUUGGUUUUCAUUUAACCGGUCAAUUGGCCUUACUCAAGUUCAGAAUGAAGGAUAUUCCAAUUGAUACCGAUGGUUCUCGACGGAGAAUUCAAAAAAUUAUUCGACGACAUCAACACUUGAUAAGAUUAGCGAAUAUAUUAGAGGAUAGUUGUAACAUCUUCAUUGGUCAAAAAUUAUUAGGGAUAAUGAUUCAAAUUUGUAUAUCCGGUUAUCAAAUGCUCACCAGUUUAGCUUUCGUCGAAGCAGCAGGUAUAUUAACAUUUAUUUCAUAUGAAUGUCUUUUGCUGAGUACAUUGUUCACUUAUUGUUACAUCGGUGAAUGUCUGAUACAGGAAAGUACGAGCAUCUGUGAAGCGCUCUAUUUUUGCGACUGGUACGAGCUAUCGAUAAUCGAUAUGAAAUCGAUUUGCAUUUGCAUGAUGCGCUCUAGGAAUCCAUUGCAAUUGACAGGAGCAAAAUUUAACGUUCUGUCUUUACGCACUUUUAUCGGAGUGAGUCAUUAUUGUUGA